UCUUCUCUGCAGAUCAGAAGCUGAGAUCUCCUGAGCACACACACUGGCAGAGCAGGCUCCUUGACACUGACCAUGCUUCCCAUGGACUCCUGGCCACACUCUCCUCACAGUGUCCUGCUGCUGACCCUACUGCUGGGACUUACAGAAGCAGCUAAAUGGGAGCUUAAGGUGAUUCAGCCUGAGAAAUCACUUUCUGUCCUUGCUGGACAGUCAGCCACUCUGAACUGCACUGUGACCUCCCCGCUCCCUGUGGGGCCAAUAAGGUGGUACAGGGGUACAGGAAAAAUUCGGCACCUUAUAUACAGUUUCCCAAGACAGCAGUUCCCCAGAGUCAUACAUCUCACAGAUACAACAAAGAGAAACAACCUGGACUUUUCCAUCCGAAUCAGUAACGUCACCCCUGCUGAUGCUGGCACAUACUACUGUGUGAAGUUCCAGAAGGACACAUCAGAACUUGGGAAAGAGAUUCAGUCUGGGGGAGGCGCCAUGUUGUAUGUGCUUGCAAAGCCGUCUCCUCCUGUGGUCUCAGGACCUGUAGCCCGAGGUCUACCUCAUCAGACAGUGACCUUUACAUGCAAGUCUCAUGGAUUCUUCCCUCGGGAUAUCAUACUGAAGUGGUUCAAAAGCAGAAAAGAGCUCUCUCACUUCAAAACUACUGUGGACACCAAAGGAGAAGGAGUCUUCUACAAUGUCUCCAGCACUGCCCAAGUUGUGCUGGGACCUGAGGAUGUUCAUUCUCAGAUCAUCUGUGAGGUGGCCCAUGUCACCUUGCAAGGAAGCUCUCUCUGUGGGACUGCCAGCUUGUCUGACAUCAUCCGAGUUCCACCCACCCUGGAGGUCACUCAGCAUCCAACAGUGAUAUUGAAUCUGAUAAUUGUCACCUGUCAAGUAAAGAACUUCUAUCCUUCGAACCUUCAGUUGAUCUGGAUAAAGAACGGAAAUAUGUCUCAGCCAGAUGUGGCUUCUAAACUCACAGUAAACAAGGAUGGAACCUACACAUGGACCAGCUGGCUCUUGGUGAACACACAUGUUGAUGAGGAGGACAUGGUACUCACAUGCCUUGUUGAGCAUGAUGGACAGCCAGCAGUCAUGAAAUCCCAUACUGUGGUGGUCAGUGCACAUCAGAGGGAGCAAGAAUUGAAGACUUCAGAUUCUGCUAAAGUCCUUGUAGCUGUAUUCUUUGGACACAAACUGCUGCUGGUAAUUGGGGUCUUUGCUGUGGACAGGUACAAGAAGCAGAAGGCUUGAUGGUUACUACAGUAAGUGGAAGACAAGGAGUUCAUGGGAAACAUCAGUCUAAAUUUAUGGGACAGAAUUUAGACAUUUCAGAUGGCUCUAAUAAUUACUGUUCCUGCUUUGGCCUCUCUGUGACCAUGAAGAACAGACUCAGAAGACUGUAUGAUAGAGGAGAUAGGCUGAGAUGACAUUUUUAUGACAUGGGCAUCUCAUCCACUUAGGACAGGAAUGCUAAGGGGAGAUAUGUACCAUGGACCCUGGAGCACUAAGAUAAUAUGUAAGUGAUGAAGAGAAUAUUGAAUGAGAGGAUUCUCCACAGCUCUUCCCUGCAUCCUCUAUAACACUGGAACCCUGAGUAUGUGCCAUAGAGGUUCAGUCUAGAAGAAGAAGCUGGUGAGAAGCCAUGGAAGACUGCUUCUAAUGACUCACUUACAAGGACAACCCCAACACAGAAUUUCUUUUUGUCCCUCUGCAUCUGCAUUGUUAUCCCAGGGCUUUGAUGCUGUGUGCAUAUUGGAUUCUAUUCUUGGAGUACUUAUUGUCAUUAUUAAAAUAAUUUGAAAUAGACUUGAUGUUCAAGGAUAAUCUAUCCUGGUGCAAAGAAAAAUUCUCAGUACAGGCAAAGUGUAAAUCUCAGCAACCUCAUGGAAAAGAAGGACCUUGGAGGAUAAAAGGGGAAAGCAGUCAUGCUGUUUCAGAAAGCAUGGAUGUGUGACCUCAGAAAGGAAGGUUUAGCCAACUGAACCUCAACAUAGCUUGUACAGACCAUGCUGGGGUGGGAGAAUUCUAGGAAGUUUGGGAUAGUGUAUCAAGGAAUAGGAAAAAUUAUUUUGAUUUCUUUUGUUAUUGAGACAGGAUCUCACUAUGUAGCCUUGACUCUUCUGGCACACACUAUUUAGACCAGACUUGCCUUGAACUCAUUAAGAUUGGCUUGUGUCUUGCCUCUUGCAUGCUGGGAUUGAUUGUGGGCUGCACCAUUACUUCUAUAUAGGAAAAAUUAUUCUAUUUAUCCUUUUACUGUAGUGUAAGAGUGUCCUUUGCCUGAUGCACCAGUGGAGGACCAUGAAUGGAGAGGACCUAGAUUCCCUGCUGGCUGAUUGGUAGCUCAGUCUCCAUGUGGAUCUCUAAAUGAGGGGAUCAGGUUCUAACUCUAUCAUGAACUCAGUUGACUGCUCUCUGAUCACUGGCGCCUCUGAUGAUGCAGCCUUGCCAGGCCACAGAGGAAGAGGAUUCAGGCAGUCCUGAAGAGAUAUGAUAAUCUGUGGGAUGAUGGCAAUGGUGGAGACCUACUCCUUUUAGUGGACUAGGGGAAGGAGAACAGAGAAAAAGGGAGGAAGGGUGGAACUAGGUGAAUUGAGGGAGGGGGCUUCAG